AUGGUUGGUGCCCGGGCGUUUCAGACGUCUCUGCUGAGCCUCUGUGCGCUCCUCUUCUGGUGUUGCGGGCUCGGCCUUGCGGCGGCAGGAGGAGGAGAAGCAGAAUGUGCUUCGGUUUCCGCGAAACACGUGAAAGCUGAUAUGGAGGCGAUGUCGGCGUUGCAGAAAGGUCUGCAUGAUCGUGAGCUUGCCCGGGAGACGACCGAGACCACCACGAUUGCCAGACCUCCCAUGUCCGAGUUAGCCACUGACGCUUACCCCGGCGACACGGAGCUGCAGAUCACGAACGUGAGCGGAUUCGAGGUUGGGGAUGUCAUUGUGGUUCAAGACGACAGCCAACUUGGAGAAGAGCGAGAGAUCUUGGAGAUCUCCGAAGACGAAGAGCCGGAGCUGGUCCAGUAUGCGUCGGACGGCUCAUGGUUCUCGGAUAGGAAGGGUAAGGGGCGCUUCAAAAUCCUGCCGCUCAAGAAGAAGUUCCUGAAGGUGCUUCAUGGCCUCGUGCGGGACUUGCGUAAGAAGCUCAAGAAAACCACCACAACCACAACC